CUGACAUUGUUAUUGUGAAUGAAAAACUAACUUCUGUAACGAUUAUAAUUUACAGGAGUUGCAAAGUAUCGCCUCAAUAUGAAUAAACUUGUGAUAUUGUGUUUGAUUGGAAUAUACGCAACUACUGGUCAUGCACAGACAGGAUUCUUUCCCCCCACAACCGCCGCCACAACAGUAGGGACGUCAACCACAACCGCCGCCAUACGACCAGGAACCUCACCCUCCCCACCCAACAUUACAACACCAGCACCCCCCCUCAGUUGUUUCCAGGGUUGGAAGGCUUACACCUCGAUCACCGGGCCUGAAAUUGCUGACGGUAGCAGUGUAGGUCCUUGUCCAGCAUAUGCCACACAAUGCGACCUUACUGAGUACGUUAACGCUCAGCCCAAUGGGACAUAUUACAUUCGCUUCGGUCGCUGCAGUACACCCGCAACACAAACCACCUGCCACGACAUCCGCAUGGACAACAGUACAGUCGGGAUGGUGAUCAACUGCAGUGUCUCUGCUUGCAACACCAGUAACUGCAACGUUCCAAUGGCAUCAAACCAAAGCUGCCCCAAAACGCCAUCUAACGAUGUCCAGAUUCUUCCAAUGUGCACACUGAAACAAACCCUCAACCAAUCAUUUGAAUGCAUGGGCCCUUGGUUCAAGGAUGCGCCAUACAAUAAUCCCGGGAUGUGCAAGACAAACUUGGACCAAAUGGUUCGAUGCUUGGGAGGUGUAACUGCCAACUGUUUGUCAGGUUCUUGUCCAACCAUCCUCGACUUUAUUCCAGGUGUACGAGCAGUUUACCCGACCGUCGUUGCAAUUGCAAGAAGCGCCACGAGCCUUAGCUCAGCACUUGGUCUCAUCCCAAACAUCUCGCAACCCAUCAUCGACAUGAUUCAAAACGGUAUCUGUCCUUCCACUCUUGGAGUUGUUGACCCAAAUUUGUUACUAUUGCUUUCAAACCCAAUCAAAAUCGGACUCCAACAAAACGUGUGUACUGGAGAAAUUUUAGACGAUCUUAUCAAGUGGUCCGUUGAAGCUGCUGUUUCGAUGCAAAGGGCGACAACACAUGGGGAAAUGUGCACUGCCAUGAACACCUUCGGCACACACAUUGUCACAGCAUGGCACACCAGAUGUUCUGCCGAUCGCUUGGACAAUCUUCUUAGACUCGCCCUUACACCAGACCUACAUCAUCUUAUUCCUAAGAUCCGGAUCGGAAUCCACGUCGCCAUCGAAUUCAUGCAGAAUCUGAAACUGCCAGGAUGCCCGAACGUCCCUGUCACCCCUGCUCCUGUGUGUUUUAAUGGAACCGUUGUCACCUAUCCAAACGGAACCUUCAUUUCAAGGAAUGGCGGUUACAUUCAGUGCCAAAUGGGUGUGAAUGAGUGUGGAAGCAUUCGCGCAGUAAACACGGUUGCACCGGGUCACACAAUACACUGGGUGACUGGAUUCUGCUCACACACAAACUUCCGACCGACAUGCGACCAAGUUCGAGCCGGCCCUCAGGUCGUUGGGACCAUCGACAGUUGUUCACUUUCUUUCUGCAGCACGUCUAAUUGCAACAACCCCGAUGUUACAGUAAUGCCAUCAUGCGACCGUUUUUACGCCGGCACCAGCACUUGUAUGAAACGAAAAGCUUGGGUUUGCGACUAUGUUAACUGGAGAGUUGAGUUCUUGUCGAAAUGGAUGAAAGAUUUCAGACAGUGGAAGAUGCAAAAUUUCAUCUCAGUUCCACCACUUCCACAAUGCGCAUCAUUCAGACCAGUUAACAUGUGUAAGACCGCCAACGCAUUGAAGUGUGAGCUUGAUAUCAACCAAUGUCAUGUUUGCUACUGCACCGACCACGAUUACACAAAUCUGGCUGAGAUUGAAGCGAUGUGGAUGGGAGAUUACAACAGAUGGAGACGUAUUCGAGACAUGUACAAUAAUAUCAUGGCUGGGAAUAACGCUGCUGGUGGAACAUGUUAGAUGAUUUGUAAACUGCACAUGAAGAUCGUGUUGUGACGUGUAGUCUAAUGGUCGAAGAUUGUGCAUUAAUAAUAACCACUGAUAUAUACGUAGUUUGCCUGUUUUGUAACAUGUUAAUAUAAAAUGUAACUUUAAACAU